CUGACACAGUGUAAUGACUCUAUCUAUAGAUGAUGCAGUAGAUGCUCCUAAUGGACUGACCUGCACAUCAUGUGCAUCUGCCUCUGUAAUGGCUUCCGCUUGUCUUAAGUGCAAAGAGCGUGGAGCCAAACACAACUCCAUCAAGCUCUCCACACCACAGACAGAGUGAGUGCUGGAUAAACUUCACCGGCUCCACAUGACUGAUGGACAGAUCCUGGAUUUUGGUUUAAAUGAUGCUUGACCAGACUUAGAUAACAAACAUCAGUGCUGACCUUUGACCUCCAGCCAAUGAGUCCCCAUUUCUGACUGCUGGAAGAUGGAGAAGCCUGCGUUUCUGCUUUGUGUUUGGAGCACCACAUUGUAAACAAUGGAGGCAUCUGGAUUACCUCCGCCAGCAGAGCUUAACGCAACCGAACUUAAUGAGACAUUGAGUCAUGGCCACCCUAUGCAUCUGGCUCCCAGCAUGCAGUUAGGAAGCAUGUCCAACCCGCAGUCACGUUUACGAGACAUGUCGGCUCUCGCGGUCAUGGUGACUCUUAAUGCAGUAGCGCUCUUGGCCAACAGCGGAGUGCUUGCCGUAGUAGUGAAAGUGCCACAUCUUCGCAAGUUCAGUUUGGUGUGUCACCUCUGCAUUGUGGAUUUGCUAUGCGCCGCUUUGCUAAUGCCGCUCGGCAUCGUCUGCGGCUCGCCCUUCUUCGCCGGCAUCGUCUUUUCUGUACUCGAAUGCAGGUUGUAUAUAUUCCUCAAUGCCUUUCUCGUAUCUGCCUCUAUUUUUACGGUUACUGUGAUUAGCAUCGAACGCUACUUCUACAUCGUGCAUCCCAUGAGGUACGAGGCUAAAAUGACUCCUUGGUUAUCCGCAGCCGUGAUGGGAUUCAUCUGGGUGGCGUCUACUUUGCUAGGGCUUGCUACCGUCUUCGGAUGGCCCAGUUAUGGAAGUAGAAGCUCUAUUGCCGCCACCCAUUGCUCUCUUCAUUGGAGCCACAGCGGACAUCGGAGAGUAUUUGCUAUUUUAUUCGCCGCGGUUUGCUUUUGCGUCCCAGCUGCUAUUAUUAUCGCCGUCUAUGGGAAUGUCUAUAAAGUCGCCCACACGGCUGCACGGGAAAGAGGGCCGAUCCCGAGCUGGACGAUGGCGACCGCUCAUCCGAAGCGUCGGUCUGAUUCGGUCAACAGCCAAACCACGAUUAUCACCACCAGCACGAGCGUCCGAAGAAAUCAAGUCCAGCGCAGGAAAAGGAGAACGCUGGUUGGUGGGAAGGCGGCUCUUACUUUGGCCAUCAUCGUGGGUCAGUUUCUGCUCUGCUGGCUGCCUUAUUUUGCUUUCCACCUCCAUUUGUCACUGGGAUUCUCUCACAGUACCUCUGAGGAAGCAGAGGGACCGGUCACAUGGCUGGCGUAUUCGACGUUCGCAGUAAACCCGUUUUUUUACGGCCUGCUCAACCGUCAGAUCAGGGAGGAGUUGUGUAAGAUGCUCUUGUGUUGCCGAUCACCCGGCAGACCGGUGCGGCCCUCAGCAUCGGGGCAUGAACGUUCAGGACAUGAGGACUUUUUUCAUUUUUUGCACAGGAGUGGUGACAGGGACGGAGUUAGAUGCAGUUACCACAUGGCAACACCGAGGAGCACCCUGGACCAAACUAGUUUUAGGAUACCGGGGCAAAUACCUGAAGAGAUCACCUAAACUACUCUAUUACAGAAAAUUUUUUGAGUCUUAAUCAUUCAAUUUUUGUACUGGAGUUGCAUUGCUAUUAUGAAUGACUGUUUUAGCACUUUUUAGGUGUGCUUCAAAGACAGCAUGAAAUUGAAAGUUACCAUAUUUUCUAAAUGCACGUUGUUUAUCUUAUUGUGAAUGACUCAUCCAUGCCAGGACGACUCAACAGCAAAAACAUAAUAGAUGACUUAAUAGUCUUUUUAAGGUAUCUUAAAAUUGAGCAUGUAAAAACAGGAAUUGACUCUUCGCAGGAAGUUUGAUUGACAGGCGAUCUGACCAAUCACAAUGCUAAAUCCAUUUCUGUCUGACAAACAAACCAGACAGGAGAAUAGAUUAACAUUGGUGGACUUGAACUUGAAAAAUGACAUCUGACAUCUUGACAUCUUUCAGCGGUUGAAACAAGAUACUAUGGAAGAUUAUUGCUAUUUUUAAUCUCACAACUCUGACUUUUUUUCUCAGAAUUGCGUGUAUAAACUCGCAAUUAUGAGAUAUAAAGUCAGAAUUGUGAGAUAAAAACUCAAUUCUGACUUUUUUCCUCAAAAUUAUGACAUAAACUCGCAAUUGUGAGUCAUAAUGUCAGAAUUGCGAGAUAUAAACUGACAAUUCUGACUUUUUUCUCACAAAUGCAAACCAGACAAGAGAGUAGAUUAACGUUGAUGGACUUGAACUUGAAAAAUGGUGUUUAUUGACAUCUUUCAGCGGUUCAAACAAGAUACAAAAAGCCCAUUUCCCCCAUUGAUUUAAAAAAAAAACGGUUAUUGCGCCAGAAUUGUGAGACAUAAACUUGCACGAGAAAUAAAGUUAGAAUUGUGAGAUAAAAACUCACAACUUUUUCCUCAGAAUUGUGAUAUAAACUUGCAUUUGCAAUUUAUUAAGUCAGAAUUGCAAGAUAUAAACUCACAAUUGCAAGUAAUAAAGUCAGAAUUGAGAUUAAAAACUCUGACUUCUGACUUUUUUUCCUCAGAAUUGUGAUAGAAAGUAGCAAUUUGCAAGUUAUAAAGUCAUUCUUGCAAGACAUAAACUCACAAUUCUGACUUUAUUUCUUGAAAUUGUGAGUUUAUAUCAUGCAAUUCUAAAGACAAUGUCAGAAUUGAGAUUAAACACUCAAUUCUGACUUUUUUCCUCAGAAUUGUGAUAGAAAGUAGCAAUUUGCAAGUUAUAAAGUCAUAAUUGCAAGACAUAAACUCACAAUUGUGAGAUGUAAAAUCACAAUUACAAGUUAUAAGUCCAAUUUGGAGGGGGAAAAAAUACUGAUAUGUUCUCAGAAUUGUAUUUUUUAUAUUUUGCCCUAGUAAUCUUCAGGUUAAAUGACUAUCUGGUGACAUAUAGUGGACUUCUCAAGUCAUUUAGUGCAGUUAAACCUUGCCUUUCAUAAUCAACUGCUAACUCACAUUAAGACCUGUUACAUUUCGUUCACAAUAAGACCAUGUAUGUGCAUUCAAAAAGCAAACAGGGUAGGUUUUGAUUGAUGUUACAUAGACUUUUUAAAGGUCAGCCAAACUGCGACUGGCAACAACCAAUGAACAAAUGCCUUCAUCCAAUCACAGCUUUUCCUAGUGGUGACUCCGCCCACAUGUUUACAAACACAGUGCUGAUUAGGGUUUGAAUGACAUUCUGAACUGAAAUGACAUAUUUACUGCCUAAACUUUUAAUGUCAUCAAGCUUAACCAACAUCUAAAUAAAACAUAUUCAAUAUUAUUUAAAUUAACAUUUUUAAAUUACUACAGAACAUACAUUUCUUGCACUGUAUUACUGUAUUUCUACUGCACUAUUUAACAUAAGUAACAUGAGUAACAUAAAUGACACUCUUUGCUUGAACCUAAAUCUUCAUACGAGUAAAAACUUAUUUAAAAAAAGUGUUUUGAAUCAAUUUUUACAUAUAUUUAUUUCUAUUUAUAGUGCAGAGGACCUCAGCUGUCUGCUGUAUUUCUUUUCUACUGUUCAAACUGUACAUAUCACACAUGGACUAAAGUGACAAAGACAAAUUGUUUUGUUGUUCAAUAAAGACACUUGUCACAGAAAGCUUGACAUAUACUGACUCAGUUCAGUGCAGCAUAUGUUCAGCUGUGUUGCAUUUACAGCUCAUUGUGCUGAUUUUGAAUGGUGUGCUAAAUGGAGCCACCCAUUACAUCACACUAUGUAUUUAUUUGUGCUUUCUUUAUUUAUACAAAACAAUGUCAGCAUUACUGUCUUUUGCUGUAAUGGAGAUGGAUAGCGCUGUAUUCAUGUAUUUAUGAGGAGGAUGGUACUGUACAUAUGUACAACUGGUUUUCUUGCAUUGUUUAUUUCGGACAUACAUCUUCAAGCAGGCUAAUUAGUAUAGCCACUCAACAAUGAAGUACAAUAAAGUAUGAGCCACAUCACUAUCACUAUACUUUUAUGCAUUUACUGAGUCUCCACAUGUGUUGCUUUUCUCCUGUUGGUAUUCUACAUCUGCGUAUUUAUAAA